CAACCACCACUAGUCACGUGACAGAUCAUCACGUGGCCCAAGCGUCAGGAGCGUCGCUCAGACCGGUUGGUGUGGCAGAGAGACUGCGGAGGACACGAUGGGAACACUACUGACUCUAACCUACCUCCUGUCGUUCAGCUCAGUGGUGUGGACCGGGUACCUGGAAUUUGACCAGAAUGUCUUGUCACCAGAUGAGUGGACUGAAACCGGCCGGGUCGACCCGUCAGUGGAGUUGGUGUUGACCUUUGCUCUGAAGCAGGAGAAUGUUGACCUGCUGCAGGAGGUGCUCAGACUGGUGUCGGACCCUGACUCAGCCCAGUAUGGUAAAUAUUACAGCCUGGAGGAAGUGGCCCACCUGGUCGCUCCUUCUGACACUACCCACAAGGCCGUGCGUCACUGGCUUCACAGUCAUGGGGUUACAAACUGCCUCACUGUUAGCACCCAGGACUUUUUGCAGUGCACCAUGACUGCAGAGACUGCAGAGACGUUGCUUCCUGGGAGCAGGUUUCACCAUUAUGUCAGAGAAGGACAGUCUAUAGUGAGGUCUUCAUCUCCGUACUCUGUUCAUGAUGACGUCCACCAGCACCUGGACUUUGUGGGUGGUCUUCACCGUUUCCCUCCCAACGGACAAAAACUCCCCAAAGUCCAAAAGUCUCCUGAGGAAGGAGUGCACCUAGGAGUGACUCCUGCUGUCCUGAGGGCUCGAUACAACCUGACAGCCGCUGAUGUGGGGAAAGGUCAGAACAACAGCCAGGCUGUAGCUCAGUUCCUGGAGCAGUAUUAUCACCCAGCAGACCUGGCAGAGUUCAUGAGCAUGUUUGGUGAAGGCUUCCAGCAUCUGUCACAGGUGGAGAGAGUGGUCGGCCAACAGGGAGCAGGGAAGGCUGGGAUCGAGGCCAGUCUGGAUAUAGAGUACAUCAUGAGCACGGGGGCAAACAUCCCCACCUGGGUCUUCACCAACCCAGGUCGUCACGAGUCUCAGGAGCCGUUCCUUCAGUGGAUGGUUCUGCUCAGCAACAUGUCCGGCCUGCCCUGGGUCCACACCAUCAGCUACGGUGACGACGAGGACAGUCUGUCCACGGCCUACAUGACGCGCAUCAACACGGAGUUCAUGAAGGCCGGGGUCAGAGGGAUCACGCUGCUGUUCGCUUCUGGCGACAGCGGUGCUGGCUGCAGACAUUCAGGAGCACAGAACACCUUCAGGCCCAGUUUUCCAGCCUCCAGCCCCUACGUAACCACAGUAGGUGGAACUUCCUUCAAGAAUCCUUUCCAGGUCACGUACGAAGUCACUGAUUACAUCAGUGGAGGAGGUUUUAGCAACGUCUUCAAGAUGCCUGACUACCAGGUGGCUGCAGUGGAGGCCUAUCUGAAGACAGUGGCGGCCACUCUUCCUCCUGGCUCCUACUACAAUCCCAGUGGCAGAGCCUAUCCAGACAUGGCUGCUCUGUCGGAUAAUUACUGGGUCGUCAUCAACAGGGUCCCUGUUCCCUGGGUGUCUGGGACUUCGGCGUCCACCCCCGUGGUUGGAGGAAUGCUGUCUCUCAUGAAUGACCAUCGACUGACCAAGGGUCUGCCUCCACUGGGCUUCCUCAACCCCCGCCUCUACAAGCUAAAGGGACAAGCUCUGUUUGAUGUGACUGAGGGCUGUCACCUGGGCUGUUUGGACGAGCAGGUCCAGGGGAAAGGUUUCUGUGCUGCACCGUCCUGGGACCCCGUGACCGGCUGGGGGACACCGAACUACCCUGCACUGCUAGCUGCCCUAAUGACAGAGUAAAAGCACAGCACACCCAUCCUUACUGUUCCGGUACCUGAUGCCAAAGAAUGCAGGAUGUAACUGAGGGUAACGUUGUCAACACUGAUGUCUCCUUUUUAUCAAUACAGUUAAAUGUCAGCCAUUCUCCAGGGUUUAUUAGCCCAAAAACAAAAACAAAUUCUUUUUAGUACUUGUGAUUUCAGCUGAAUUUUAUUUUUUAUUCCUGUACUUUAUUUUAGGUCAGGGAUUGUGCAUUAUUAAUGCAACACUGCAGCUAAUAUCUUUCUCUCUCUCUCUUCUCUGAUGCUGAAAUGUUCUUCUGACCCAGAUUUCUCUGAAACAAAUUUACAGGCAAAUGUUCACACUUACCUGAAGCUUCUUGAAUGUAGUUUUCUAUGCAUCACACCUUCGUAAAUAAGUGAAGCUUGUCUUAAAAAGAAAAAAAAACAUAUCAAAUUUAAGAUGCAAUAAUUGUCCAGUUUCACAGAUGCAGGGUUGUUGGGUUGUUGUUGUUGUUAGAGGACAGACAGCCUCAGUGGGAUAAUGAUGCCAUAUGACUCUGGGUUCUAUGUUUGUCGUUUAAGUCAAAAGAUAAAUUUACAUGUUUUUAGAAAUAUCCCUUUAAAAUAUUUCCCUGUUUAAUCUGGAAAACUUUUUACAGUGUUUUUUAACUUUGGUUUUCUGUGACCAAACUGCACUGCGAUAUGAGUGUUGAAAUAUUUGAACAAUGUAAGGCACCAUCUAUGGUUUUUUUUUUUUUUUUUUUUUUACUUUUAAUUCCUUCUUUUCUUAGAGCUGGUCUUUCAUUCUGACCGAUUAGGACAGUGGUUCCCAAACCUUUUCUGCAGAUUCAGCCCCGCCCCCAAACGUGACUGUUUCAAAAAACAGACAUGAUUCCUAAAAACACAUAUUCUCAUGAAACAAAAAAGAUAAUUUAUCAGUGAAAUUUUCCAACUUUUGCACAAAUAAAAAUACUUCAAAUUAUCUCGAUUAAACCGGCUGCGCCGCUCAAUUUGGGAACCACUGCCUCACAAGGUUUGUGUUUCUGAGUCAAAUUAGAGAAACGGAAAGAGUCAGUUGAGUGUGAAGUAUGAGUGACAGCUCCAUCAGGUCUCUUUGAAGCUGCUAGAAAUAUUUGAAAGUUGAUUUAAUGAUCAAAUGUGUAUCUGCUCAGCAUUUUUAAUAAAGAUUGGAGAUUAUUUGGUA